AUGGGAAAGGAUACCAUAGAAGUAAGAGUCAAGAGGAUGGAACAAGGAAUUGCCAAUAUCAGAAGAUCAUUUACUUGGAACUCAAGGUUAUUAAACUGCAUGGGAAUUUGGCCAUUGCAGAACUACGUUCCGGUAUUUCUCUACUUCUUCACAUAUCUUUCUCUACAUUUUUCGCUAACACUCGCAGAAUUGUUAUGGGCUCCAAAAACUAUGGAUAAUGUCAUAGCAAACAUAGCAGAAAAUAUUAUCCUAACAAUGACACUUACGAAAAUUACAAUCGCCAGAAUGAACAGAGAAGCACUGCGUAAAUUAUUCAUAGAACUCGAGGAGUAUUCACUAACUGAGAAAUAUGAAACUAAAGAGGAGAAACUGACAUUUGUGAAUUAUACUAAAUUACCUCCAUAUUUUAUUCAGCAUAAAAUAUACAACGACGCUCGAAUUAUCUCGAGUGUGCACAGGUUGUCCUGUUUUGUACAAGUUAAGGGGAACAAGGAUUUGCCAACGUCCGAAGUCGCAAAUUUAAUUUGGUCUCCAAAAACCAUGGACAUUGUCGUAAUGAGCGUAGCAGAGAAUAUGGAACAAAUGAUGACACCUACGAAAAUAACAAUCGCUAGAAUCAAACGAGAUGAAUUAUGUAAAUUAUUCAUAGAACUCAAGGAAUAUUCAUUGACUGAGAAAUACGAAAGUAAAGAGCAGAAAUUGACAUUCGUGAAUUAUACUAAAUUACCUCCAUAUUUUAUUGUAAUAAUUGCCUCUUUAAUGUCAAUGGCCGAAUUAAUUUAUUAUCUGACUCGAGUUGCCGAAGGAAUUCAAAUUGUAAUUGCACAAUUCGCCAUAUUGUCGUACGAGGUGAAGACAUUAUUAAAUAAUUCUAAAAAUUAUCAUGAGAGUAUGAAGAACAUUGUACUACGACAUUAUCGAUUGAUAAGAUUGUCGGAAAAAUUGGAAGAUAUCUUUAAUUUUCCAAUUAUGCAGCUACUCUUGGGAUCCACCAUUCACAUCUGCGUUUCUGGUUACUACUUACUGAUGGGUCCAGAAAUGACGGAUAUUUUAACAUCUCUCUUAUUCGUUUUCUACAUGUUUUCCGUGACGGGGACACUUUUUGUUUAUUGUUUCAUCGGCGAAUGUUUCAUUCAGGAAAGUACAAAGUUUGGUAACGCCAUUUAUAAUUACGAAUGGUACAACUUGCCGGCAAUGGACGCGAAAUUUUUUCUCAUUUGCAUGAUAAGAACGAAUAUUUAACGUCUGGCAAAUUUGCCGUUUUAUCCUUGACCGUUUUCACAGACAUCAUCAAAACGUCGAUGGGAUAUUUAUCGGUAUUACGAACAUUUGCGUGAACAGGACAAAAGUGAAAUGGAUUACGUAGUAACAAAUUCUUUUUGUUUUUUGUUUUUUUUUUUUUUUUUUCUUAAUUCAUCUUCCUACGUAGAAAGAAUAAUGAUUUUGUUUAUAUAUCGUUGACUUGUAUUAGCGUUAUAGAAUAUAUAAAUACAAUUCUAAGA